UGCGGGCGGAAAAAAAAAAUCCCACCCCACUCGACGCCUCCUCCCCCGCCUCUCCUGCUGCCUUCUCUCCCCACCUCCCCUCACACAUCCACCGUCACCGCCCUCCCUCAACAGCGGAGGGCGCGGCCGGCGACCAGAUGGGCGCAGGCAGCGCCAAGCGGAUCUGGCCGCCGCACUCUGGUCCCCGCCCGGAUCCGGACGCGGCAGUCGGAGGGGCCGCUCCUGGGCGUCGCGAGGGAGCAGCGGGGCGAGUCGGAGGCGGCGGCGAUGCCGUGCGGGGCGCGCCGGAGGCCGCAGUGCGCGGGGUGCCGCUGUCGCUGCCUUGCGACGCGGGGCCGCGGCUGGGGCGCCGAAGGUCGUGGCGGGCGGGGCCACCAUCGCCGUCGGACGAGGCCGCCGCCGCCGCUUCUCCUCCCAACACGGCGACCUCCGUAGUCCUCUCCCCCAAGGGCGCCACCAUAUCGCGGACCACCAGGACGAUGACCACAAGGGCGAGCGCCAUGGGGUCGCGGCCGAUAGGACGACAGCCACAAGGGCGGGCACCACCAGUUAGCUCGGCGGCGGUGGCGGGAGACACAGCAGCGGAGCUCAGGAGCGCGCGGGAGGACGUCAGGCAGCUGCUCUGGCCGCUUCUGUCCGCCUGCCGAUCUAGGUCUGUCGACCUCGAGCUGCAGCUCAAAGGAGAGCAGUUCAAAACUGAUUCGAUGCUGUCUGAAGAUGUGGGCACCUCCGUAGAGCUCCUCCCACCGGAGAGGCAAGCAAGAGAGCAGCAGCCUUGAGGGUACUUCUUAAGAUGAGUCGGACGAUGAUGAUGAUGUGAGUUGAUUUCAUUUUACCACCAUGGUGGCACAGAUUAACGUUUAGUUGUCAUUAAUCUAGGAUAAUCUAGGGCUCUUAUGCUAAGUGAACUUUUACGAGUCAAUAUUUCACCAUCCUAGUUGCAUGAACCGAGGGUGCGGAGACUGGAUGCAGCUAGCUUAGAUUAAGAUGAAAGGAAGUGUUGUGAUCAGGUGUUAGGCAGUGGCAAUUGCAACUAUAAUGAAACCAUGGUAUUUAAUUUUUUUUCAGUCUGUCCAUAAGAUACAGAAGGGCACGCAUAGAUAUAGUAUUCCACUUCAUAUUUCCUUUGUGAUGUUUAGCACUGACAGCAAGGUCUACUCUUUAAUGUUUAGCACUGCUGGCUAGAUCGAGCUUUGUCAAUCUGGUUUAUGCAGAUUUCAGCAAUUAAUAAGUGAGAUCGACACUUUGUG